AUGCACGAAGGUGCUGCUCCGCCCGAUUCACCUGCUAUGCCUCAGCAGCAAGACGCCCCGCGCAAUUUUCGUGGCUACUUUGGGGACCAGCAGCAUAUGGCCACAGGCCGGGCUGCCGCUACUCCAGCGCAGGAAAACCCGCCCAUGGAGCCGACUAACGACAUGGAUCAUUCGUCCCCGGUCGAAACUCGCAUUCGCCAGGAGUCUAGUGACGACGACGAUGUGCCCCUCCGCGACCGCCGCCUUUGUGAUUACCAUCAACAACCCACGUCCACAAUGGCAAUCCAAGAACGCUUGGGCUUCCAGAAGUCUGCCAAGGCAUCACCAUUCAGCACUGCUAAGACUCACAAGAAGCCCGGUCCUAAGCCCUGGGCGGCCAAGCCUAUCGCAAAGAACGAUAUGAAGGCCAAGAUGGAGGUCAUCCGCGCCAUCGAAAAGAAUUGGGGCAAGAACUUUAUCAGGGACUACAUCCCCAAGUGUCAUCGCCCACUACAGAAGAAGAAAGGCGGCAAGCGUACUGCAUUCCGCCAGCAUGAGAUGGACCCCAAGAAGUGGCUACCUUCCGUUCUUAAGUCCCUUCUCGGAAUUUCCUACCUGACUACCGAUAAAGCAUUCUUGAAGAAAGCUAUGAAUGACAUUGUCCGACAUCGCAUCAAGCACACUGGGAACCGCAAGCCUCAACUUGUUACCACGGACUUUGAUGUCAUUGAGGACAUGAUCACUCGUGGUUGGGACAUCGAGACUAGCUUCUCCAUCCGAUACAAGCAUCUCCUCCUCGCAAAUCCCAAGGGCUACCUGGAGACAGACGAGGAUAUCGACCACAUUCUGGCUUGCGGCGAUGAUGAAUAUCAACGCAGCAGCGAUUUAGACCACGAGGAUGAGGAUGACGACGAUGACGACAUGGAGGUUCAUAAUCAGGAGGAAGAGGACACUACCAACUUCUCUGGCCCGUACGCAGGGAUAGGAGGUUAUAUCCAUGGCUCUCCGCACCAGCCCCCGAAGAUGAUCGUGCCAAAGCAUCCAAAGCGUUCUAAACCGAUCAAGAAGGAGAAGCAAGAGAAGCCGAUGAAACCAGCCAAGGCUACCAAGCGUUCUGCGCUCUCGAAAGGAUCGCCAGACAACCAAGCUCCUCAGCAUCUUCCUCCGCAUAUGUAUGGUGGCUAUGGCAUGCCUGUAUAUGGUCCGUAUGGCGCCUUUCCAGGCUAUCCUCCCAUGCCCGGCUAUGCUCCACCGGACAUGAAGGGUUUCCCUCUGCAGCCGCCUUACGGAAAGGGUUAUCCUCCCAUGCCGCCGAUGUUUCCAUGGACUUGCUAUGGUCAGCAGGAGAAAGACGGGAAAAUUCAGGAUCCUCAAGCUGCUGGGUAUCCGCCGUAUGGUUUCCCAGGUCACGCCUACGGCCAACAGCCAGACAAGGACGGCGACACUCAAGAUUCCCGCGCUCAAACCCAUGGUAACCCGCCCUACGGCUACGGCUACCUAGGCAUGCCGUCUUACCCUCCUCCGAUGUCUCCCUCGCCCAACCUUCCGCGGUCCACACCUGCCCCUUCAGCCCCCGCGCGCCCCUCAGGCCUCACGCGCUUCUCUCCCUUCGACAACUCCAAGCGCUCAGCCUCCCGCCGUGCAGACCCAUCUGUUCGUCACCACGAUGCCGCUGGCUAUACCCACACACCGUACAUCAAGCGUGAGCCCGGCGUCGAGGAUCACCCCAUCGCCAUCGAAGACUACGACAAUGGCCCGAGCAAUGACUUGGGUGAGGCGGUCGAGGACUCGCAGGAUGGCGACCAGGAGGCGCUCGAUGAGAUUGCGGAGCAGGAGCGCCAUAUCCAGAUGCUCCGCGCGCGCUUGGCCAAGAAAAAGAGCCGUGGCUAG